GCAUUAGCCCUCAAUGAUCACAUCAAAUUUACCAACAAAUGUAAAGCUCAAAUCCUCUCAAUUGGUCUCGGAGGUAGCACAAUCGAUGGGUUUUUACAUCAGGUCUCUCCUCAGAUGAAUAUAACUGUAGUGGAAAUUAGCCGUCAAGUGGUAAAUAUGGCUAGGAAAUGGUUUGGUCUUGUUGAAGAUGAUCAUCAUCGUGUUGUUGUAAGCGAUGGUGUUACAUUCAUAGCUGAGGCAGUCAGGAAAGGUGAAAUCUUCGAUGCAAUCUUACUCGAUGCAUGCGCGUCGGAUCAGCUGGAAGGAAUUUUGUGUCCCCUUGAGUCUUUCCUAAAUGGAGGCGUUUUGAGAAACAUUGCUUAUGUGCUUCACAAGCAAGGUCUACUUUACCUUACCAUUUUUAGUCGAGAUCUGAUUUCUAGUAAUCAUUGA